AUGGUUCGCUACCUCUCAGACCACCUGCCUGACGUCGCGAGGCACACGCGUAUACUAACGGCACUAACUACCAAGGCCGCAGAACUUCACUUUCCCGGCUGGAAUGAACAGCAUGAGCGGGCCUUUGCCGCGAUCAAGGCGCUCGUCACAAGUCCAGAGUGCCUCACAACUAUCGAUCAUGACAACCCCGGUUUGAACAAAAUCUUUGUGACGUGCGACGCCUCGGAUUAUGCAACCGGCGCGCUU